CUCUCCCGUUUCACUCACUUCACCCACCUGCCCUGUUUUGUACAUUGUCCCGGACUGACUGGGGCUGACCUGAACUGAUGGAGUUGCUGUUUGUUGCUGUCUUCCUGCAGCUGUCCUCUCCCUGCUUCGGCUAUCCCACUGGGGCACCCACCUCCACCUGUGAGGACAUGAUGCCUCGACACGCUGGGGUGCAGCCACAGCCAAUACCAGCACCCUACACCAUCCUCACCAGCGCCAGGAAAUUUCAGACGGGCAAGCCCGUUACAGUGACCAUAACUGGGUCUGACUACAAGGGUGUGCUUCUGGAGGCCCGAUCAGCAGCCAGCCAGACAGCAUUAGGAACCUGGGGAAAUCCUCCUACAAAUACAAAAUUCCUGAAGUGUUCAGGGAACGCACAAGGUGCCAUCACCCAUGCAAACACCAACACCAAGGACAGCACCACUACGUUUUCCUGGAUUCCACCCAACAUCAACAGCACUAUCUACUUCAUGGCCACUGUAGCCCAAGAGCGCACUGUCUACUGGUUGAACAUUCGAUCAGAAACGUUGACCAGAGAAUCGGGUGGAAUUGAUCUGGCUGCAGGCGGACACCCAGGGAUGGCUGGUCAAGGAUUUCUGAAGCUUUUUGCCCUAUGUCUCCUGGUGUUACUGAUCACCCCAAGAUAGUCACUUCUGUUCCCUGGAGGUUCUUGUUGAUUAAAUACUAUUGAAGCGCUGGUUUUCAGAGCUGCUUGAAAUAAAAAUAAAAAACACCAUAUACAUUCUCCUCAUGUGCUUGUCAUGGGCAAUGGUCUAAUGAGGUCCUGCGUACUGUAAUUCAUUGCAUAUUAUCCCAGGUGUUGUUUUCUUAAUUAUUAAAGGCAUCAUACAGCCAACAUUUGUAUUA